ACAGCGGUGUGACGUCACUCCGGAGCCUAGACUCACCGGCUCGCUGUCACCGCGGAACAGAGAAGAACCUGUGGGGAGGAUCACCGACGAGAACCGGAGGAUCACCGACGAGAACCGGAGGAUCACCGACGAGAACCGGAGGAUCACCGACAGAGGAGAACCUUAGAACAACAGAGAACAACCAUAGAACAACAACAGAAGAACCAUCCGACACCAGAGGAGACCCACAGGGGCACGUGAUGACCAGCAGUCCGAUCUCUCCGCGUUCACCUCCACCUUCCUCGUAGCCCGUUCCUUCACCUCACGGGACCCCGGGAGCGUCGUAGCGGCUCAGCAGCGACUCCUCUCCGGCCUCUAGCGCUCCGACACACCGGUGCGAGUGCUAAGUGGCUAACUAGCCCGUGAGUAAAGUGAAACCAUUGAGGACAGACAGCCUCCCUCAUGGCGUUAAUCCUGCUCACCAGGUCCCGGGCACCUCUCAUGAAAACGUCCCGGUCUCUGAAGAACGAGUUCCGGAAAGGGGCACGACAAGAUGGUGUCUGUUUCAGCUGCACAGCCCUCAGACUCUCCAGUCACAUACUUGAUGGACGACUCGGCAGUUUGACCCCGGUCUCUUCAUUCAGUCCUUUCCUCCCUGGGUCAGAUGGAAGUGUGGGCCCCUCCCAGAGCUUGGACUCACUGCGGCCCUACUGCGCUCUUGUGCCGGGGCCCCCCCCCUCACUGCACCCUGCGAUCACAACAGGGAACCAGUGGUCGAUAGUGCGGCCGCAGGACAUCUCCGGAGUCAGGUGGAUACACACAUCGAGGAGGAGAUGGGACGAUUCCAAGGUGGAGAAGUCACUGCGUUCGAUUAAGGACAAGAAGAAGAUGGAGGAGGGGGGGCCGGUGUACAGCCCCACGCUGGAAACAGAACGUGUGAGGAGGUCGGUCCGCCAGUGGGUCGUGGAUGAGGUCAAGCACUACUACCACGGCUUCAGGCUGCUGUGGAUCGACACCACCAUUGCUGGGAGAUUGCUGUGGAUGGUGUUGAACGGAAACGUCCUGUCCCGACGCGAGAGGAGACAGUUUCUCAGAACGUGUGCGGACGUCUUCAGACUUCUUCCCUUCCUCGUCUUCAUCAUCGUCCCCUUCAUGGAGUUCCUGCUCCCAGUGGCUCUGAAACUCUUCCCCAAUAUGUUGCCGUCCACCUUUGAGACACAGUCAAAGAAGGAGGAAAGGUUAAAAAAGGAGCUGAGGGUCAAACUGGAGAUGGCCAAGUUCUUGCAGGACACCAUCGAGGAGAUCGCCCUGAGGAACAAGGCGGCCCAGGGCAACGUGACGGAGGAGUUCUCCACCUUCUUCCAGAAGAUCCGAGACUCCGGUGAACGUCCCAGUAAUGAGCAGAUCAUAAAGUUCUCCAAGCUGUUUGAGGACGAGCUGACUCUGGACAACCUGACCCGGCCUCAGCUGGUGGCUCUGUGCCGCCUCCUGGAGCUCCAGUCCAUCGGGACCAACAACUUCCUCCGCUUCCAGCUCAUCAUGAAGCUGAGGAACAUCCGGGCAGACGACAAGCUCAUAGCCGAUGAAGGAGUGGAGAGUCUGAACGUGAACGAGGUGCAGGCGGCCUGUCGCGUCAGAGGGAUGAGAUCUCUGGGAGUCACAGAAGAUCGACUGAGGGAGCAGCUCAUCCAGUGGUUGGACCUGCAUCUGAACCAGCAGAUCCCCACCUCUCUGCUGCUGCUGUCUCGAGCCAUGUUCCUGCCCGACACGCUGUCUCCUGCCGACCAGCUGAAGACCACGCUGCAGACGCUGCCUGAGAUAGUGACGAAGGAGGCCCAGCUGAAGGUGGCGGAGAUGGAGCUCUCCAAAGUCGACAAUAAGACCAAAGUGGAGACGAUGCUGCAGGAGGACGCGGUCAUACGCCAGGACAACAAGGACCGUGAGAUGGAGAGGUUGGCUGACGCUGCAGAGAAGGCUGCCAGGGGGGAGCUGGAGAUGGAAGCAGAGCGGAGCAGGGCAGACGCAGCCAUGUCCAAGGCUGACAAGGCCGCUCACUCAGAGAUCCUGAGGGACACAGCGCCGGUCAUAGAGGGAAUGAAGGACGAGGAGAUCACCAAAGAGGAGAUUGACAUGUUGGGCGACGCCUGCUCCAAGCUGAAGGAGCAGAGGAGGCUGUUGACUCUGGAGAAAGAGGAGCUGGAGGAGCUGAAGGACGACGUCCAGGAAUACAACGAGGAUCUGGAGGAAAUAAAGAUGGAGCUCUUCAAGAGCGGCCAGGAGAAGACGGUGGAGGAGUCCAAGGCGAGCCAGCGUCUGGGGAAGAGAGUGAACCGGAUGAUCGGCCGCAUCGACCACAUCAUCCUGGAGCUGGAGAAGGACAAGGUCAUCCUGGACGGGCGGGUGCACAGUGGAAGCACCCCACCUGUUGGAUUAUCCUUUGCCACGAGUCUGUUCUACACCCUCAGGGAGAACCUCAUCAGCAUCGACGAGCUCAUCAACAUCAUGCGGCAGAUCCAGAACAUCCCGGAGCACAAGCUGCAGAGCAUCGCCGAGGCGCUGGACGACAACAAGGACGGGAAGAUCGACAUCGACGACGUCAUCAAAGUGGUGGAGCUGAUUGACAAGGAGGACAUCGACAUCUCCACCUCGCAGGUGACCGACAUCAUGGCCAUGCUGCAGAAGGAGGACAAGCUGGUGGUGAAGGAAAAGGCCAAAGAGAAGGUGGAGAAGGAGCAGGCAGCCACGCGCAACAACUGAUUUCAGUUUCCACAAAAGAGAGACUUGUGAAAUGUGAUGUUGAGAAGAUUGGGAGAGAUCCCCGGUCAAACCCUGGACACCAGGUGGAUCUGGACCAGUCGAGUGAGAGAGUCACAAGGUAACAGCUGACUUCUCAAAAGGUCUUUCACUGUAAAUUGAGCUCCUACGAAAAUGUCUAAAAAUUUAGAAAGAAGGCGUUUUAAAUUUAUGAACCGAGGGAACAGAACGAUGUGACACCACAGUAGAGAUCCUAACAUUAAAGGAAGGAUUAUAUAUAUUGUAAGAUAAAGAUAUUAGCUGAUACUUCGAUAUUGGAAUAUUUUACUCCCUAAAACCGGCCCCAGAAACACGGCUUUAACAUAUGAACUAAACUUUGUGGUGAACCGUCUUGCCUUUCAUCUCACUCACGUCAUCAGCACAGAGAAAUGAGAUGAGCUCAUUUCUAAAGUUUGCACAGAAGAAAAAUCAUUGUCGUCAUUCCACUCAGUUUAUUCCCUUAUUGAUUUUGUUUAUCCAUCAUAAUCCCGUGUUGUCACCUGUUGUUGUUUUCUCUGAAUUGUACCUGGACGGGCAGAUCGCUGCUGGAUAUAAGACGUUUGAAUGGUGGCUGCAACCAAAGACCUCUUUAGAUUCCACAUACUAAAAUAUUAAAGUUCAUUCACAAACAUCUAAUUAUAGGUAGAAAGGUAAAGUAAUUAAAGUAAAACAUGCUAAUUAUCCAUUUUAAGAAUAAGUAGCUGGAGUUUUGUCUAGAAAAAGCCAGGGAAUGAAGUUAGAAACAACCUCAUCAAUAAUCCAAAAUGACUGUACUGUAAUUAAUUUUGAAAUUGUACUUAUGACGUGAUGAUAUUUUGUCUGAGCUCUUUGUGUUUAGUCCUGUGUUCGACGUUAAGCUCUUUAAAACACCAAAGUUAAACUGUGGCACAUCAAAUAAUCAGAUUUGGAUUAUUCCUUAAAAAAAUCCCCAAAACAAGAUGAGACUGUUUUUAUGAUGGGAUGGAAACAUCGCUACUCGUGGGUCUGACCACUCACACACACACACAUCUCAUCACGCACACAUCUCAACUACACAACUGGAAGGUUUGGUGACUGCAUCUUGCACAGUUGUGAUGCUUUUGCGGUAAAAGAGAGACACACAACGACCUGCUGAAGUAACCACAGCUGCACUCGUUGUCUCCUGGACCAUACCACGUGUCACCAACACAACAAACCAAAUAUCGGUGGUUCGAUGCCGCGGCUCAGAGAGGUUCAUGUUGUUCUAGUUCCAGAGACUAGUUGUGUUUUGUUUGGCGUUCGUCUGCUCGGAGCGUGAACGCGUCUUCGUGUGACUGUUGUUAAAUUCGAGUAUUCGUCAAAGUGACCUUCUCUUGACACAGAUAUUAAGGAUUAUAAUCUGCUGUAUGUGUAUUAUUUUUUUAGCUUUGAUUCUCUUUAAAAACUUGAUGUAAUAUAGUAUUUAGGGUUGAAGACGACUGGAUGAAUUGAUUUCUAGGAAACACGACGACUCCGCUCUUGUGUUGUUGUUGUUUUUUGCACCGUGGUCAUGAAUGUGUGUCGAGUGGAGACCGACUUUCCUCCGGAGGAAGAUUUCAGAUCAGAUUUGAUUCGGCUGCUCUGCGUUAAAUUAAUUAUCGAGUGUUUCCAGAUCUAAUUUCAACUGAUCAUCGUUUUGAGUAGAUUUCCAGUUGUAAUGGCACAGCAGAACUUUGGUUUCUAAAGGUGAACCAGUUGUGAGGGAGAUGCUGUUUGUCUUGCCGGCUGCAGACUGAGGGUCUGUUCACCUUUAUCUGCUCCUGAGUUUCAUGGUCCUGGCCAACGCUCUGUUAUUCCUCCACAGUAACUCGAGCUCAGGUGUAAACAUGGCUGACAGAGUGGCACACGAGAGAUAACGACCCGCCGCUUAAUCUGUUCCCGGAAUCCUCCGUGAUGAUGAAGAGCUUUGUUCGACACUGUCCCGGCUCCGACAGGGCGACCAGUCAGACUGAUGGGCGCAGGGUAAACACUCGCCCCCUACAUGGGCCACAGCCAGCUCCACUGGAGGGUUGUGUUUGGAUUGGAGCUGCCGCGGCGGGACAUGCCAUCUUCUCCGCUGCGUAAAUCAAACGCCAGUGUAGACACACGUCGGGGGAACGUUGUGACAACUUCUCCAUUACACUUGGCAGAGGAUGGGGGGGGGGGGGGGGUGUUCGUGUCCGUCUGACAGGUCGCGCUCGGGGAAAAGCUUUGUGCACACGAGCAGCACUGCCACUGUUUGUAGGCAUGGUGGGGGUGGGGGGGGGUCAAAGGUCAGGAGGAGGAGGAGAAGUGGCAUGUAACAGGGAAACUAACUAAGUGCUCAGGGCUGUCGGUGAAGAAGGGUUUGAGAUGAACUGAAGGCAUCAGCGUUCUUUAAGCUGCUUUGUGGGACAAUCAAAUAAAUAUAUGCAUAAAAAUAAUCAAAGUGUAAUUUAACGUGUGUUGCACCAGAAGAAACAGUUGUUGUUCCUGUGAGAGUUUUCCAAUCUUCCUCAUUCGACUACAAAUGAGUUGAUGAGUUAAGAUUUUUAAAUCUUCCUCGAACCCGUUGAGUCGCCCGAUCCUGAUUCCUUCAGAGGAAAGUUAGUCUGCACUUAUUGAGAAAUUGUUUUAACGUUAACUAAAAUAUAUAUUUUUUAAAUCUAGAAAGCCAGAACUCCCCAAUAAUUAUUUUUAUAUUUUCUCAGAAUGUAAAUAUACAGUUAUAGAUUAGUUGAGCUGCACAGUUUGUGAUUUUUAGUCCUUUUCCCCCCCGAGAGUCUACCACGAUAUGAUUAUUAAAUAUGAGAAACUCCAAAUGCAUUCAAGAAAUCAUCGAAGGGAAAGAUCUCAUUUUGAAAUAAAUAUGCAACAAGCCAGUAACUGAUUAGAGACAGAAAGAAAGGUUUGAUUAAAUCUCUCAGAAACGUCUCAGACUGAUUGUGCUGCAGUGAGGAGUCGAGUUCCCGGUCUCACCACUGGGGGCAGUGUUGCACUGUUGUCGUUAGAGCUGCUGCUGUCUUUUAAAAGAGGAGGAGAAGAGGAUGGAGCUGGUGGAAGAAGCAUUCAGACAGUGAGAUUAAAUCAUGUUUCCUUCAUGUUCUAGUCCAGCAGGAGGACGAGGGUUGAUUCCAGCUCACUGUCUGUACUUUGCCACUUGGUAGAUGCACUAUUUGAUUUAUUUUUGAUACCGUGGGUGAUUGUGUGUUGUGUUGAAUCGACGACAACAAACCGUCCUCAGAGAUUCCUGUCGACUUGUGGAGCUUGUUGGAGCUUGUGCACUAGAAGAACAAAAUAUUUGAAAGCAAUAAGUUGUAUAUGCAUCGUUUUCUGAGUUUUCUUUUCUGUCCUUUUGAGUCAGGAGAAUUGAAUUUGUCUAAAUAUAUAUUGUAAUACAUAAAUGAAAAGCCUGCUGUGGGCGUGAAAGUGGAAAACAAAGCUCAGAGGGUUUCUUGUUCUGCUUCUCGUCUCGGUGUCAGGUCGACAUUCUGCUGAUUUGGGAGCUGACGUGCUUGUAGUUGAUUGUAUGAUGGACUUUUAUUUUCUCGAGGACAGAUGAACCCACUUUUUUCCCCCUUUUUAAAUACUUUGCACUCGUCCUUUUUAAUCCCCGAAGAGAAAAUGCUUUAGUUUUGUAGAAUAUCUGAAAAGAGGAGGCGUGUCGUUGAGGAUCAGAGGAGUUAGAGAAGAACCACAGAGUUUCUCUCGAGUUCAAAAACAAGUUCCUGGAAACUGAAAAUUAAAAUCGUUGUAGAGAAAAAAAACCUAUGAACAAAGACGUGAGACAUUUAACUGAAUCUUAAAUAAAAGUGCAGCCACCAUCAUUUCACAGGAAAGCUGUGUUCAGACCAGAGACUGUAGAUAAAGAUGGACGACCCGUCUCCACCCCCUUUCCACUAUCGAGAAAUAAAGCCACAAUAUCUCGGAUUCGAACUCGAGCUUCUUGCAAACAUCAGUGUGAUCAGAACAAACUUAACUAGCAUAGCAUGUGCUUAUUGUUUGGUCCAUGUCCCAUCCACUCACAUGGAGGAGGCGGCCAUCGAGCUGCUCUGGCUUCACUUCUGGGGGAGUUGACGUGUCGUCCAUCUUUACUCUGAGUCUGUGAUUCAGACAGGAAGCUAAAGAUGAUUCUGUCUGAAUCGUUGUCUGAGGAACUGUCAGCGUAGAAAUGUAAAAGUUUGUUUGUGUGAUAUUAAAACUUCAAAUUGAUCAAAUAACAAAUCGAUUUCCUAAAUCAGGAGAAAAUCUCUCAAAGUUUGAAAAGGUGAAGCGACAGUUUGAUCUCUUCACUGUUCAAAAAUGUUCAAAAAUAUGAAAAAUAUAAUAGUCAUUGACUUAAUAUUAGAUUUAUUCUAUUGGGAGUAUUUUUUUUGUUUUGAGAUAAUUGUCGUGUUAUUUAUUUAUUUAUUUUUAAUCAGAUUUUGCAAAGUUUUGAGCAGCUGCACAGGAAACAACAGGAACUGGAUUUAAUCUCAGUUUGAACUUGAAUCUCAUCUUUUUUUCUUUUGUGUUCAUGUAACGAGAAAAAAACAUUUACAAAAAUUAAUCCUACGUGUUGAAUAAAAAAAACGAUUGAUCCUGA